AUGACUCAAUUUCCUGUUAGUUUCGGCUAUUGUGAUCAACAAUAUACAAAAACUAUCUAUAACAUCAUGUCUCUUUCGGCUUCCAAAUUCAUUCUUAGUAACGGAAACGCAAUUCCUGCGGUCGCUUUUGGCAUUAGUGCAAAACAUUUCAAGCAUGGUCACGGUGAGUUGGACAAGCAAUUGAUUGGCACUUUGGAGCUCGCUUUAAAGGGGGGUGUAACUCAUAUCGAAGGCGCUGGAUCUUACGAGACCAACGAAGAGGUUGGAAUCGCUUUAAAAAAUCUGAUGGUCAAAAGAAACGAAGUUUUCAUCACCGCUGAGUAUCUUCCUAAUGAAGAAAAGCAUCUUAAGCAUCACAACCCAUACGAAGAGUUGAAAUCCGACUUGAAGGACUUGGGUCUGUCAUAUGUUGAUUUGUAUCUCCUUCAUCAGGAAGUCUCUAAGGGUGGGCCUGGUUUGAUGAAGCAAUGGAGUCAUAUGGAAAGAUUGAAAGAGGAAGGGUUAGCCCAUAGUAUUGGUGUGUCAAACUUUGGCGUCGAAGAUUUGAAUCAACUCUUGAACUCAAAAACAAAAUGGAAACCGGUAGUUAACCAGAUCGAAUUCAAUCAUUAUUUGCACGAUGAUACUCCUGGAAUUGCUGAAUUUUGUCAAGAUCAGGGUGUCUUGGUUGAAGCUUAUGCUGUUGUGUGUCACAAUAAGUCACUCCACUACGUAUUGACAAAGUUGGCAGACAAGUACGACAAGAAUAGUGAUCAAAUUUUAUUGAGAUGGGUAAUUCAAAAGGGGUUGUUACCAAUCACCACAGCCUCCAAGGAGGAGCAUAUGGAAGAUAUUGUAAAUGUUGUCAACUUUGACUUAGAAGAGGGGGAUGUGGAGGAAAUAACAAGGGUUGCAAGAAAGAAGAAUCAUUUUAAGUAG